AUGGGACUCUGCAACACGACGAAGGCCGUAUUGCAGACGAAGCCCAAUGUUCAGCCAGUUUUCAGACCAAAAAGUCCAGUUGCUUACGCCAUGCAACAGCUCGUUGAAACGGAAUUACAACGUCUACAGGAUUGCGAGAUCAUAUCACCUGUUACUUACUCGGAUUGGGCAGCACCCAUUGUUGUCAUAAAAAAAGCAACCGGCGGCAUACGACUGAGCUCAGAUUUUUCAACUGGACUGAACGAGCGUCUCGAAUCACAUCAAUAUCCCUUGCCUUUACCUGAAGACAUAUUUUCGAAAUUGGCAAAUUCAAAAUACUUCAGCCAUUUUCAUUUAUCGGAUGCUUUUUUACAAAUCGAAGUAGAUGACGCUUCAAAGCACUUACUUACAAUAAACACACAUAUCGGAUUGUUCCGGUACAACCGAAAGCUAUUUGGCGUUAAAACAUUUCCGGCCAUAUUCCAACAGAUCAUGGACCAGAUACUUUUAGACAUACCAAGGGUAGCAGCCUAUAUUGACGACAUUUUUGUAUCCGGCAAUAACCAAAUUGAGCAUAAAUAUUAG